CCACUCCUGCUGCGCAGCUCUGGUCUCAAUCUCUCGCUUGCGUCCUCCGCUCGCUGCUCGCCAUGACUUCCUACAGCUACCGCCAGUCCUCGGUCUCUUCGUCCCUCGGGGGCCUGGGCGGCGGCUCCGGGCGCUACGGGGUCGCUUUGCGUGCGCCCAGCAUCCACGGUGGCUCCGGGGGCCGCGGAGUGUCCAUGUCCUCUGCGCGCUUUGUGUCCUCGAGCUCGGGGGGCUACGGGGGUGGCUUUGUGGGCGGGAUGGCCGGGCCGGAUGCGCUGCUGAGCGGCAAUGAGAAGGUGACCAUGCAGAACCUCAACGACCGCCUGGCGUCCUACCUGGACAAGGUGCGCGCGCUGGAGGCCGCCAAUGGCGACCUGGAGGUGAAGAUUCGGGACUGGUACCAGAAGCAAGGCCCCGGCCCGUCUCGUGACUACAGCCACUACUACCAGACCAUCCAGGACCUGCGCGACAAGAUUCUUGGAGCCACCAUCGAGAACUCCAAGAUUGUCCUGCAGAUCGAUAAUGCCCGUCUGGCUGCCGAUGACUUCCGGACCAAGUUUGAGACAGAGCAGGCCAUGCGCCUGAGUGUGGAGGCGGACAUCAACGGGCUGCGCAGGGUGCUGGACGAGCUGACCCUGGCCAGGACCGACCUGGAGAUGCAGAUCGAGGGCCUGAAGGAGGAGCUGGCCUACCUGAAGAAGAACCACGAGGAGGAAGUCAAUGCUCUGCGGAGCCAGGUGGGUGGCCAGGUCAAUGUGGAGGUGGAUUCCGUCCCGGGCACCGACCUGGCCAAGAUCCUGAGUGACAUGAGGAGCCAGUACGAAGUCAUGGCCGAGAAGAACAGGAAGGACGCGGAGGCCUGGUUCACCAGCCGGUCUGAGGAGCUGACCCGGGAGGUUGCAGUUCACACGGAACAGCUGGAGGCAGGCAAGACCGAGGUGACCGACCUGCGACGCUCGAUGCAGAGCCUGGAGAUUGAGCUGCAGUCCCAGCUCAGCAUGAAAGCCGCCCUGGAGGGCACCCUGGCGGAGACCGAGGCGCGGUUUGGGGCCCAGCUGGCGCAGAUCCAGGCCCUCAUCAGCAGCAUUGAGGCACAGCUGAGCGAUGUCCGUGCCGACACCGAGCGCCAGAACCUGGAGUACCAGCAGCUCAUGGGCAUCAAGUCUCGGCUGGAGCAGGAGAUCGCCACCUACCGCAGCCUGCUUGAGGGCCAGGAAGCUCACUACAACAACCUGCCCGGCCCCAAGGUCCUUUGAGUGACCGGCGCCUGGCCUGGGCCUCCGUCCUCCUGCAGAAUGUGGUCCUGGGCACCCAGAAGGGUGUGCCCUGAACCACACCCCGUCCCAUCCCGCCCCUAAUAAAACUCAAUGGCCCAAGGAGGAAA